UGUAUCUUUCAAAAUCAUGAGUAAAAAGAAAAAGAAAAAAGAAAAUCAAAAUAGUCACUAUAGAAAAAAGGACCCCAAAAAAAUGAAACAAUGAACACACAAUAUAUAAUCUGUUGGAGAGUUAAGUUACACUACUUUUUAUAAAAUUAUAAAGUUAAAUUGUGAGGUUUAAAUGGUGCUAUAGCAGCUAGGUACAGAAAACUUUUAAGGCAAUCAUUUAAUGACCAAACACAACCCCCACCUUCCUUCUUCAAUAGCCGCUUCUCUAAGGUCGUUUUCUACUUGAAUAUAUAUAUGGACUUUGUCUUUGCUAAGUCUCUACUGCCAUACCACUGUUAAAGAAGAAGAAGAAGAAGAUAGAAAUGCAUAACAGAGGAGGAGCUAGCAUGGUUUUGAACUUGGUGUGUGUAUGUGUAUUACUAUUUUUAUAUGGUGGGAAUGCUCAGGACACUCUUGUUCCAGCGGUCAUUACUUUUGGUGACUCUGUAGUUGAUGUGGGCAACAACAACUAUCUCUCCACUCUUUUUAAGGCUAAUUAUCCUCCUUAUGGAAGGGACUUCGCUAAUCACCAACCCACAGGAAGAUUUUGCAAUGGAAAACUAGCCACUGACCUCACUGCUGAGACUUUAGGCUUCAAGACUUACCCAGCGGCAUAUCUUAGCCCAGAAGCAUCAGGGAAAAACCUUCUCAUUGGAGCCAACUUUGCUUCAGCUGCAUCUGGUUAUGAUGAGAAUGCUGCAAGUCUAAAUCACGCAAUCCCAUUGUCCCAGCAAUUGAAGUACUUUCAAGAAUACCAAACAAAGCUGGCUAAAGUGGCUGGGCAGAGUAAAGCUAAAUCCAUAAUUAAGGACGCUCUUUAUGUAGUGAGCGCUGGCAGUGGCGACUUUGUCCAAAACUACUACAUCAAUCCUUUAGUCAACAGAGCCUACACUGUUGAACAAUACAGUUCCAUGCUCCUAAGUUCAUUCAACACCUUCACUAAGGGCUUGUAUGGUUUGGGGGCAAGGAAAAUUGGAGUGACUUCACUCCCUCCAUUGGGUUGUCUUCCAUUAGCAAGAACCUUAUUUGGAUAUCAUGAAAAUGGGUGUGUCUCUAAGUUCAACACAGAUGCUCAAGCAUUUAAUAAGAAGUUGAAUGCUGCUGCUACCAGUCUCCAAAAGCAAUACCCUGAUCUUAGACUUGUUAUCUUUGACAUUUACAAGCCUCUUUUUGAUGUUGUUAAAUCUCCUUCUCAAUAUGGCUUUGCUGAAGCAGCAAGAGGCUGCUGUGGAACUGGGACUCUAGAGACAACCUCAGCUUUGUGCAAUCCUCACUCAGUAGGAACUUGUUCAAAUGCUACUCAGUAUGUAUUUUUUGACAGUGUCCAUCCAUCUGAAGCUGCUAACAGAAUUCUUGCUGAUGAGUUGAUAGGUCAAGGUCUAUCCCUCAUCUGAUGAGGAUUGUGUGUGUACUCACUUUUACUGAAUCUAUACAUUAUAUAAGAAGAUUUGAUAGUAUUUUAUGUUACAUGUACCAGACAAAUUUCUUGUGUUUCUACUUCCGAGUGCAGUGUUAUUUUCAUUUUUUUUUAAUAUGUAAGAUUGUAAGGACCAGAAUUAUUAAGAAUAUCUAGUGGUUGAAAGAAUCUAUAUUGAGUUUCA